UGAUCGUAGAGCAAUCCUCUUGGUGCGAGAUUUUUGCAAAGUUUUUUCGUGUAUCUUAUAUACCUAGAUAAUUUUGUUCAUCGAAUUUUAAGAAACAUUACGUCAAAAAUAUUCAGAAGAAACAUAUACAUACACAAAUUAAGUAUGACAUCAUUGACCCUUGUGACGCUCAAAGUUUAGGAGGAAUUUAAUCCCCUUUCACGUGACAUAAUAAAAUCUACAGGAAAGACAAGAUACAGUCAUCAACAUAAUUGAACGAGUUGUCCCACUCACAAUCCUAAGAAAUGAGGUGAACUAUCAACGAAUGCCAAAAGAAACGACUCUUUUUCCGACUUGAAAGAAAAGAAAGACUUUACUGUCAACUUGGUCUCCAUUUCAUUCUGCACAAACCAAGCUCACCACCGACUUUCGCGUAUACAUACUUCUCAUACUUCUCAGAGGAGUACGGAGAUCGUGAGAAGCAAAUUGUACGUGGAUGUGAAGACGCUACGUAUGUGUGUACAACAGAGAAAUACAUAUUUUUCACAAACGAACCGACCUCUUCAUCACUUGUUUGGGGGACCAGAAAAAAAUAAAACUUAAAGUAGAACCAGCCAGUUAGCUAGUUGGUUGUCGUUACUUAGCUUGAGCAGUCAACUUAGUUUGAGCAGUGACAUAAAUUGCAGUGGGAUAUGCAACGCCAGAUUUCCCAAGUUAUUAGUGAAUAUCAUCCGCAGUGUGAAAUAUACGUACAAUAAGUUCCAUGUUCCGUGCCUUGAAUUCAGUUUAAGGGACUCCUCCUUCCUGCCUCGUAGCAACAAUUGAGCGCAGGGAUUGCCGAGUACAAGAGCUAAAUUUAAUUAGCAAUUCGCUAAAUUUUAGCCAUGAAAUAUUUUGGAUUUCUAUACGCCCACUCCACGCUUUCGGUCCUCGGCGUAUGUGCGUUUCUCUCGGAGACGGAGAGAGAGAGAGAGAUAGAAAGGAAGACAUAAAGUAUUCUUUGGUCGGGAUAGCUUUUGGCAGUGCAUGGCCCGAGGGACUUGUCUCUGAGGGAUUAGCGUCAAACAGAGGAGAAAGUCGGAAACGUAACAAUAUGCGAAUGUCCUCUGUCAUCCGCAUUUCGUCUUCUUCUCUACGUGCUUUUGAAGUCGGGCUUGAGCUCAACUUGCCACUUUCCCUGAAUAAUGAAAGAGGAGCAGGCUAAGCCACAGGGAAAUUUUCAACAGUCACUUUUGAGUUCAAAGAAUUUUAUGAGCAGAUUGAAUUAAUGGUUGUGAGUAAAAUUAUUAUUCUGGCAGUAAAUAUGUUUAGCUUAAUGUAUGUACAUGCCUAAUGUAAUGUGGUUUCUGUAAAGUAGGAUUUUCGAGCAUGUGGUAUCAGCGAUGAGUUCUUUAUGACAUAAAUAUCUCAUGGAGAUUUCCUGUUGGAUUUGUAUCAAUAUAUGCAAAUGUACAAAACGUGAAUCUACAAAUCCAUACAAUGUUUGUACACGCGGCUCAUUUUACAUAUGCACUGUUAUUGUUAGGACUAAGAAAAUAGAAUAUUCGCAUAUGGCACAAAGUUUGUGGGCAAUUUGUACACAGAUCUGACCUAAUGAGAACUAUGUACAUAUGCAAAAAUUUGAAAACCAGAUCAUUUCAAAUUGCUCAACAACUUGGGACAUGUGUAUCUAUCCUCUCAAAUACAUAUUUUAAGUUCAUCUGGAUUUAUUUUGCACGCGUUAUGCACUUCACGCCCACUUCAAUAUAUUCUGAAGAUCAUCCCAGACAUUCUGCACUAGGAGAGACCACAAAAUAAGCAAACAGAAACUUCGAGAGUGAAAAAACUUUAAAAAUCCAGAGGAGCCAGUGCCACAAAUUAAUUGCGGUAAUUCAAGCAAUGACGAGAAACUACAAAACAAAUUGAAUUAAGCAAAUCCAAUUACGUAAGAACUCGACGGGUUAAAUGUUAGCACAGACACGCUGCUAUCACAGUUCUUCUUCUCAUAAAACUGUGCCGAUGCCAAAUUCAUAACGGCGUCAGAGGAAAAUGGCCCCCAUUCUCGAAACCAAAACCACAUUCUGAAACGGAAACAUCCGAAGAAGAUUCCAAACUGCCACACCCACUCAAGUUGAACCCUCAUUCUCACUUCAUGGGAAGCGCCAACUCCUUGCAGCUCGCACAGAUCCACAGCCCUCAAACCAAGCUCACGGUCCAAAUCGGAGAUAAUGUUCAACUUCCUUGCAAAGUUCACAAUUUGGGGGAAAACCAUGUGCUGUGGCGACAUGGAACCAACAUUUUGGCAGGCAGCAACAUCACCAAAUAUGCCGAUAACAGGAUAGAUAUGCUGCAAGACUUUACUUUGGUCAUCUCGAAAGUGAACCGAAGUGACGAAGGUGACUACGAGUGCAUUGUCACGACCUGGCCCUCGCUCAGCAUCGUUCACUCGAUUGUGGUUCACGAUCCCCCCACCGUGAGUCUGUUGACUCCAACGAAUCUUAUUGUGACGGAGGGCGAGUCUCUCGAAAUUGGCUGCCUCCCCAGCGGAAAGCCGUUGCCUAAAGUGGUUUGGUCCAUGCGGGAUGGAAAUAUGCCACUUGUUCUCCACAAAACUUUCCUCAACCAAGCACGACUGCCCUUAUCCAAUGUGACACGGGAUUAUACGGGUUUAUGGGUGUGCACGGCGGACAAUGGGGUCGGCAGGCCGGCAAUUGGCGCUGUUUAUAUCCGAGUUUUGUAUUCGCCUGAAAUUGAGAUUCCUAGAAGACGGGCACAUGGAGGACAAGGCUACAAGGUCCAAUUAGUGGGGCUCGUGCAUGCCGAUCCCAAACCAGAGGUACGUUGGCGAAAAAAUGGAACCCUGAUAUCAAACUCGGACCGAGAUGACAGAGUUCAGAUGGAACUGUACGAGAGGAACGAGUACCGUCUCGUUUUUAACUCUGUGAAACCUUCGGAUUUUGCAACUUAUUCCAUUGAAGCCAACAAUUCUCUCGGAGUUGACAUGAAAAAUAUAGAAUUUCUUGGAGUUCCCGACAUCCCAAUUUUGACACGGUGGGAGGCAGAAGAUGUAGAUGGGAUUCAAGUCACUCUCUACUGGGCUGUGGAGUGCUACAGUUCGCUAAUUGAGUACAAGUUGUUCUUCCGUCCGGCUACAAUUCCUCCAGCCGAUGACUUGUCGGAUGAAAGUGCGUUAAUCAAAUUGGCGAUCCCAGCCGACAAGUUUUCAGACACGGGAGAAUCCUUUCUCCACACAAAGUCCUUCACCCUUCGAGGCCUCAACCGAUCCUCCAUUUAUCAGGCUGCAGUGCAAGCCAGGAAUAAAUAUGGAUGGAGCCUCCUCUCCUCGCUCUGCUACUUUGCCACUUUCCCCAAUUCGUCGAGCACUAAGUCCCUCGAGUUAGAGCAAGUCAUGUCAAAAAUGAAGACGGCUUACAGAGUUGAGACUGGUUUUACACGUGACGGAGGAUCUGCUCAAAAAUCGACAGAUGCGUCACCACCGUCGUCUUCAUCGUCAGUUCUGCUUUCUCCGGGAGAAAGGAGCACCAUAUUGGUUUUGUGGGCUGCUAUUGUUGUUGUAGGGUCAAAUGCGUAUGGAGCAUCAGGCAGGUGGCUUUGAUUGGUCUCGUCUCAUUUUAUUGGGUCGAUGCUCAAUGAAAUUCCGCUGACAAGAUGACAGCCAGCAGAGACUGUGCUGUGCUGCCAUUAUUUUAUCCAGUCGUAAACUUUUAUUCUUGAUUUUCUACUAGUUUUCUACGUAGCGUAGUCAGCCAAAUAAACUAUAACUGAAAAUUAUUGUGUGGCAUUAUUUCCUUCUGUGCAAUGUUUCAAUGUAAGAUGUAGAAAGAAAGUGAAGUUUUUCAAGGUACGCACUCUCAGCCUCUGGUCGCGAUCGGUUGUGAAAAAGAACAGAAAAUGUUACAUCAUGAUUUUGUUUCUGUGAUACAAAUGUAAUUCAUUUGGGUAAUUCCAAUAAUUUAAAUAAGAUGUAUUCUCUGCUAAUUCUAGUAAUUAUUUUGGGACUUUCAUUCAUUUCGAGUGCACUAUACACAAGUCUUAACUUCAAUUUUUGAAGUGGUUCCAGUGAAAAAUGUAUGCACGUAGAUAUUGCACUGCACUAUACAGCAUUAAAUUAAUUGAGCAAUGAUGUAUUGUUGUCUAAUUAUAGUAUUAUCUAAAUAUGCGACAAAAUACUAUAAUGUAUAUUAAUCAUUAAAUGUUGCGAUAAAUUGGUCUUAAAUAUUUUAAAUGCAAUGGAUUACGUUAGAGCCAAAAAUAAAUGCAACUAUUAUUAUAAUUAAAUUGA